AUGUCUGCCCCUACCGACAAGCCCCCUUCCUCCUGCAAGGUGAUGUUGAGCAAGAACGUUGCCAACCGCCUCCUCGCCGAAGUCCACGAAGGCCUCAAGACCCUCGAGAAGCCGCCUCACCUCGUCGGUUUGCUGGCCAACAAUGACCCAGCCGCCCUGACCUAUGCGCAGAUGACACAGAAGACCUGCGAGGAGAAUGGAUUCAAGUACUCCAUGCGCGAAGUCUCCCGCGACGAUAUCGAAGAAGCCAUCAUCGCCGCAAACAACGACAACAACGUCGACGGAAUCAUCGUCUACUACCCGAUCUUCAACAACCGUCAGGACCAAUACCUGCAACAGAUCGUUGACGCGACCAAGGACGUCGAGGGUCUGAGCCACCAAUACAUCUUCAACAUGUAUCAGAACAUUCGGUUCCUGGACGGCGAGGCCAAGCGCCAGAAGUCGAUCUUGCCUUGCACCCCGCUGGCCAACAUCAAGAUCCUCGAGUACCUCAACAUCUACAACACCAUUCUGCCUUACGGAAACCGUCUUUUCGGUCACACUAUCUGCGUGGUGAACCGUUCUGAGGUCGUUGGACGGCCGUUAGCUGCCCUGCUGGCUAAUGAUGGUGCUUGCGUUUACAGUGUUGAUGUCACUGGUGUGCAGAAGUUCACUCGUGGAGAGGGAUUGCAGAAGAAGAGACAUGAGAUCGUUGACCUUGAGGGAAAGACUAUCAAGGAUGUUGUCCCUCUUUGUGAUGUUGUUAUCACCGGUGUGCCCGGUGAGAACUACAAGUUUGAUACUAGCCUGCUGCGGGACGGUGCUGUCUGUGUCAACUUCUCCAGCGAGAAGAACUUCCCCUACGAGGUCCGAGACAAGGCCUCUCUCUUCGUUCCUUCCAUUGGAAAGGUCACUAUUGUUGUCCUGCUGCGCAACUUGCUGAGACUCAUCCAGAACAAGCGCAUGGACGAUGUCAAGCCUGCUGAGGCCACAGAACGCCCUGGCACCCUCGAGGCCUCCUCAUAG